UGUAAAAAACCCUAAAAAAAAACCCAGCACCCGAAUGUUACAAAACCAUAGUGCGAAGCAAUUCUUCUUUUUCAUUCAUAGAAAAAGACGAAGAAGACGACUUACAUACCUCCGGUCAACCCUCUGCGAAUCUCUAAUGGCUAGUAAUAAGCACACUAUUAUACUCAUGCAGACUUCUCAUAACCGUGCGACUAGGACGUUUAUGGAUUAUGAAUCAAUAAGUCAAGCAAUGGAUGGUAUAUGUGCACUCUAUGAAAGGAAACUCAAGGAACUGAAUCCAGUUAUGAGAAAUAUAACUUAUGACAUUGAAGAUCUGUAUAAUUUCAUUGAUGGCCUUGCUGACUUGAGUGCUUUAGUUUAUGAUCACUCUCUGCAGGCAUAUCUUCCAAAUGAUAGGCAAUGGAUCAGACAAAGGAUGCUUAACCACCUUAGGAAGUUGGCUCAUUGAUUGGUGACAAUCGUCUUCUGUAUAUCAUAUCAGAUUAUUAUUGCACUUGUAUUUUACCUAACUUCAACCUCAACUGCACUCUCUUAGAUUUGUAAAACUUUGGUUUGUGUCUCAAGUGGGAAAGUUGUAUGUUGAAUUAUCAACUGGUUUGUGUCUCAAGUGAGAAGUUGUAUGUUGAAUUAUCAACAAUCUGGGAUUGCUCA